CUCUGUCGAAAAUACACGUAAAGAUGCCUAAAGACCGAUUCGUCGCUAGUCCGUUCCCUGAAGUCCAGGUGAGCGAGCUGGAACGACGAGAGUUGCUCCAUAUCGUCGACAUGCACGUGGACGACUACCUCACCAAGUAUGUGGACCACGUGGUUGUCGACAAGCGCAAGGUGGACGAUCGACGUUGGGAACAUGUCAAGUCCAAAGACAAGCUUCGAGUAUACGCGGAACGCAGUCACAAGGAGCUCAGUCGUCGCGGUAUUGAGCCCGAGACUUCACUCAGUGCAACACAGCGCGUUCAAGAGCAUUCCGUCACCAAAGAUCUGCCCGUAGUUAUGGGGAUCGGGACUCUAGUGGGAGAUCUCGACGAUCUCAUGUACGGCGUAGUGAGUCCGACACUAGACGACAUGCGAGUCAAAGCUUCGUAUAUCCACGACGUCGACACGGCCGCUGUCUUGUGCUCCGUGGUGGGACCCAGUAAGGAAAACCCCUUCCGUUCGAUCGUCAUCAAGUGGAUGGCCAUCGACGUCCCGUUACAGUCGACAAAACUGGUCCGCAGUCGAGACUUUGUGUACAUUGAAGCAACGGGUACUGCGUUCCUUCCAACCGGUGACCGAGUCGGGUACCACUUGAUGCAUUCUAUCGACUUCCCGCAGACUAAACUUCUGCCUAAGAAGACUCGCGGCAGUCUAUCUGUCUUCAGUUGUUUCCGGAGGAAACGCGGCUUUAUUAUUGAGAAUUUCGCAUGGGGGGUCGUAGAUCCGGGAGGUGAGAUCAUGCACUCUCUCGCUGUCUCCGUCGCGGCCGGAGCGUUGCUGUCUGCUACGAACUACGUGCAUUGUGGACAAAUGAAGAAGUUGACGUGGAUGUUACAGCAUCACGACUCGCUUGAACGUCAACGUGCAGCUCAGAAGAAACAGUGUGUCGUGUGCGAUAGAAGAACGCAUUCUACUAUUGGGAACUUUGGUAGAAGCUCGUGCCGAAUCUGCGAUGGUUGUGUGUGCCACUCGUGUAAGAUCCGUCACCGUAUCUACUUCAUCGCGCCUGGAGGACAGCUAGUUCAACGGAAGAUCGUCGUCUGUGCCAAGUGCAUGAAGGAGGCGACGCAUUGGAACGCACAAGAAGCGGCUAGAGAUGAAGCAAUUCGACAUGAACUUUCUUCCUCGGUUUCCUUUAUUGAUACAUCUGAGUCCUCGUCGUACGAUGAAAACAAGUAA